AUGCAAAAUACCCUGGAACUUCCGGAAGACCAGAGGCGGCAGCACGCAGAGCGCAUUCUGGGAGCAGAGCGCGGCGAAAUGGUGGGCGGUCGGCGCGGCGAGCGCGUCCUGCUGGACACAGGAGUGAAGCUUGGGAUGUCCGCGCCGCCGCUCAGCUCGGGGCCGAGCAUGGCGGUGGUGAACAUGUCGUUCUACCGCUGGGAGAGCGUCGCGGCCCCGCCCGUCGUCGACUGGCGGAAGACCGUCGCCAUCACGCCCAUCCAGACGCAGUUCGUGGUGGGUACUCCGCUCGCCCCUCGCUCGCCUGGUUACGUCACUGCUACUAUGCCUGCUCAGCCCCCGUCCUCGCUGCUUAAUUUUCCUCCCACCCCUUCGCAGUGCUCAAGCUGCUGGGCGAUCGCAGCCGUCGAUUCCAUCGCCAUAAUGUGGGCGAUCGCCAACAACGGUGUCGGGACGAAUCUGUCGCCACAGCAGGUGUGCGACUGCGCGACGAAGCAGUGCUGCCAGGGCGGGUGGCCCGAGUGGGCCUUCUCCUACGUGCUCUUCAACGGCGGCAUCACGUCCAACGCCAACUACCCCUACCUCGCCUACGAUUCCGCCACGUGUCUGCUCGACACAUCUAUGUCGUCCGUGGCACAGAUCACGGGGUGGGAGCUGGUGCCGGCAUUCAACGCCAUGGCGCUCAUGAAGGCCGUCAGCAUGCAGCCCGUCGUCGCCUUCAUCAGCGCCUCCGCCGCCGACUUCACCGCUUACUCAAGCAAUGGCGUGCUGAACAUUUACAACGGGCUGUGCACGACUGACGUGAACCACGCGGUGGUGGUGGUGGGCUUUAACUACACGGGGCCGGACCUCAAAGGCAGCUAUUGGAUCAUCAAGAACUCGUGGUACGCCACGUGGGGCGACCGCGGCUACAUGUACCUCGCCAUGACGCCCGACGUGCGCGGGAAAUGCGGCAUCCUAUCUCCACCGAUUCUGCUCUCUUCUUGCCACCCCUCCUUUCCGCGCAGAACCCCUGCCAUGUACCCCGUCUACUUCCCAUCCGGGCAGCAGCCGGCGCGCUUUGCGUCUGACAAGCGCGGCAAGUGGAAAAUUAACAAAGUGGACGACCUCUCGUCGUCGCUCUUCUCCUCCACCCUCUCCCUUUCAACCACCAGCAUCAGCACCACCACCACCACAACUACUUCGUCGACUGACUUCUCUUCAUCAACAGACUUCGCCAUCGCAGCUAUCACCGAUCCGACGAUCUCCGAUUCUUCCUCGCUACUCAUUGGUUCCACCACUGAUUCGUCUGCGACCAAGACGACCACGCUGAGUACGACGUGCGUCGGGAUGAUCAACCCGUGCGGCGGGGGCAGUUGUUACAUCAGCGGCGGGAUUCCGCGGUGCAACUGCAGCGCGAUGGCGAAUAUGGUCGAGGUGUUGGGAGUGCCCACGUCCAAGUGCGUGCCGCGAAGUCCCUGCACGACGGCUUCUGUGAAUCCCUGCGGCGGCGGAACGUGCACGGAUGUGGGUGACGGGACGUACACGUGCGCGUGCUCUGCUGGUUACGCCAUCGGCGCUGCUGUCGAUGGUUCGCCAACGUGCCUGCCUGCGGCUGGACUCGCGAAGUCCUAUGUUACCAGCCCUGGCGACAACUGCACGUUUGUCGCGACAGCUUUCGGGAUUUCGACCACCACGCUGACAAACCUGAACACUUUCAUUAACUGCUCCGCUACAGAAUACCUCCCUCCUGGAAUUGCACUUACAACGACCAUCAACUGCACGGGGCGGUACCGGGUGAUGCAGGGCGACACAUGCCCCUCCAUCUGGAAUGCAGCCAACCUCACCAUGUCCAUGUUCCAAGCCAUCAACCCGGGCAUUCAGUGCCAGGCGCCCUACCUGGUGGUGGGCCAGCAAGUCUGCAUUGACUCACCCAUCCUCACCACCAUGCAGCGAAACCCAAACGCCAACUACUCCAUCUACACCGUCCGUGCGAAUGACACUCUCUCCACCAUCUCCUCCCUCUACCUCCCCCGCUGCACAAAGCUCUCCGUGACCCCCGCUGCCAUCGCUGCACAAAACUACCUCACCAACCUCUCUGCACCGCUCCCCAUCGGCAUGAACCUCAUCAUCCCCUGUAUGGGCGGCAUCGGUAUGAUUGACGGCGGUUGUGCAACGUCUCUCACGGUGUGCGGAUCAGAUUUCGUCUCGUACCCGUCAUACUGCCAUGCAGCCGUGAACUACGCCCUUCCAGUUUUCCAAUAUAGCCCGUGUGACAAGUGUGGGGCCGCAUGCCCUGGCCGCAUGGGGUUGACCCCGCUCACUGGGUUCGGCUGCACGCAAGCCGUCUGCCCGUAUCCAGCCUGGGGUGCCUGUGGGGGCCGCCGCAUCUGCUUCGUUGCUGCUUGCAUGGCUGUUGGCAUAUGCGUGCAUGGGGUGUUAGGGUGCAUGGGGUGUUAG